GAAAUUUCAUAGAACAUACAUGUCCUAAGGUGUUUAUUAAGUGAUAACAUUGAACGUCUAGGGACCAUUUUCACUUUGCCGAACAUCUAUUAGAACAAGAAAUUAAUUAACGAACAUUCUUAACGUGUUGAUUCUUCCCAGUUCCAGAAAUCGGGGACGUGGUCUCUCUGACUGCGCGCACCGACAGCGUCAAUCCAACCACCACCAUCCAAUUAACUUGGCAGGCACCCGCGAUGCACGUGAAAUGCAUAUCCAACUACUCGAUUGUCUGGUGCGACAAGGGGGAAUCUUGCAAUGAAACUUCGGUCCUCGUCGCAAACCACACCGUUAACAAUCUCGAGCCGUGCACGGAGUAUCGCUUCACCGUCAAAACGGUGACGCCGUCCGUGGAGUCCGUCGGCGUAAACCAGAUCGCGAAGACAGCUUCGCCGAAAUUAGAGGCGCCGCAAUCCCUCAGCGUAGAAGGCGGCAAUUUUUCACUGAUUGUUAAAUGGGAGCCCCCGAAGCCCCCGGCCUGUCUGAAACAUUAUCAUGUAAAAACGGAUCCCGAUAACCAUACCGUUAAUACCACGAACACAAGUGUAAUAAUUUCGGAUUUGCACGCUUGUAAGACGUAUCAAGUGUAUCUCAACGCUAUAAAUGAGGACGACAAUGAAGGAAAGUCGAUAGAUCAGACUGCAACUACGCUUCGGUCUAAAACGAAACCACCAAAUGGACAAACUCCAGGAGUACCGCCAGGUGUCACGAGUGAUUCUGUGACAAUACUGUGGACCAUUCAGAAAGAUAACAAUUAUUGUAAUCUGUCACAUAUAAUAACCAUAUGUAAUUACACAGAGAAAAUGGGGAAAGGCUACAACGCUGAGAAUCGCGUGUUCCCGAUGAAAGUAGAUUCCGAUAUUGCUGCGGAUCCUACUAUUUUACUAAAUACAACUGUGGAAGGAUUAAGUCCUUUCACGAGUUACACUUGCUGGGCGCAUACUGUUAAUUCUGGAGGGUACAGUGACUUAAGUGACGGAAUCAAUGUCACAACAUUGGAGGAAGCGCCGUCUGCGCCUAAGCUUUCCAUCGGAAAUCUCACGGACUCGCAAUUUUCUUUAUCUUGGGAUGAACCGGAUUAUUUGCCCGGUAAUUUAGAAGAAUUUGAAAUCAUAAUCGAUUGGAAAUCGCAAUAUCCAAUUCCAGAUUGGUGCGAAGAACAAGAUUAUUCUGAAACACUUAAUGUAAAAAACAGAAGCAUAUUUGAAUAUCAUUAUUCCGAGAUAAAGGCGUUUAUGAAUUACACAGCAUAUAUUAGAGCGAAAACAGGGGAAGGAUGGAGCAACAAAAGUGAUCCUCAAGAAAUUUCAACCAAUAGCGCAGUUCCAGGGGCAAUCUCGAAAUUUAAUUCCUCAUCCAUCACGAUUAAAGAAAGUUUAAACGACACAAACGUAUUGGAUACGAUUUUGACAUGGGGUCUGCCUUGUUCGUUAAACGGUGAACUUGAAUUCUUUAGCGUAUCGGGUGUCGGUACCAGAAUCGGAUAUCCACCUGAUUUGAUUUUGGAGAAUUGUAACUGCUCGAAUUACGAUUAUAUGUGCGCAAUAAAUCUCAACGAGUUGAAAGGGGAGUAUAAUUAUAAUUUCACAAUAUCCGCCAAAGUCAAGAAUGUUGAUACACUUGGACAACCAGUUAGUAUUCAAGAUAUACUAUAUCCUGCCGGCAUACCGCCACAGCCCAAACCCUCAUACAUUAAAUCGAUCACCCUGGACCCGUACAAGUCGCGCAGAACCACAACGACCGCCGCUGUUCUGUUGCCCAUGUUCCCCAACACUAACGGCAACAUCAAGUUCUACGCAGUCAUGGUGGCAAGGAUGGGACACAAUGAACAAUCGCACACACGGUACGAUCUGAACAGCAAGGGCUGGCCCAACACGUCUACCUGGGAGGACGCGAUGCUAAACGAUUUCAAGAUCACGUAUCAGGCCACCUGGAAGGGAUGGAAUUACUCGAGCCACAUCAUUGAUUACGGAAACAUAAAAGCUAUCAAGUACAUGAUCGGCGAAGACAUUGACUGCGCGAUUGUCUCGAGCAACUCGGAUGAGCCGAUGUACUGCAACGGGCCGCUUAAUCCUGACACGUGGUACAACGUCAGAAUGAGGGCGUUCACUGACAACGGUUACACCGAUUCCGAGCCAUUUAGCAUAAAAACGAAGGAAGAACUAAAUAUCGCUGUCAUUAUCGGAGCUAUCUUCUGCAUUCUUUUCCUGGGGAUAAUAGUGACGCUGAUGCUGCUCGUGCGAAGAUGCUCGCCGUACAUAGUGUUACGAAGAUUUCUUCACUCUGACAUGCCCGGCUCGCCCGUUCCCACACCGUUCACCAGAAAGAAAUUCAUCAGCCAUUGUCAACAACUAGUGGACAAUCCCGGGAAGCUGAGCAAUGAAUUUCGGCUGCUUCAAACACUCAGCGUCGAUUUGCAGAUGCCCACGAACACGGCCUGCUUGCAAGCUAACAGGAAGAAAAAUCGCUACUCCGAUAUUUUACCUUAUGAUUUCUCAAGAGUAAAGCUGGAAGUGAUAGAUAACGAUCCUAACACGGAUUAUAUCAAUGCAUCUUUCAUAAAGGGGUAUACAGGAGAAGAUGAGUACAUAGCUUGUCAAGGUCCAAAGGAAGAAACCACUUACGAUUUUUGGAGGAUGGUCAAUCAGUACAACAUCAAUAUUAUAGUUAUGUUGACGCAGUUGGUCGAAAAGGGCAAAGAGAAAUGUCAUCAAUAUUAUCCGACAAUAGAAGAAUCUUUUCGAUUUGAGAACAUGACGAUACGAUGUACGAGUGAAUUCGACUUCAGAACGCAUACCCAAAGAACGCUUAUAUUACAAAAGGAAAAUAAAAAAAGAAUUAUUACUCAUCUGCACUUUAAAGACUGGCCCGAUCACGAUGUUCCGGAAGAUUUCGAUGCAAUGAUCAAUUUUUGCCAAAUAAUGCGCCGCAAUAUUACCUCUAAUAAAGGUUUCAUCGUUGUUCAUUGCAGUGCAGGGAUAGGUAGAACAGGGACAUUAAUAGCGAUAGAUAUUCUUCUGCAACAAAUUAGAGAUAAUAGGAAAUUAGAUGUAUUCGGAACUGUAUAUAGAUUGCGACAUCAUAGAAUAAAUAUGGUACAAAGAGAAAGUCAAUACGCUUAUAUAUAUAAUUGUAUAAAACAAGUACUCAAAAACCCUUAUUUCUUAAAAACUUACAAACCACCACCAGUUGAGCCAGUAUACGAGAAUACCUCUAAGAAAGUCAAAGAUACAACAAAUUCAGCAACUCUAGUCAACAAUCUUGAAAUAUUAAAAAAACCUAACUCUACAUCUAUGGAAUCUCUAGAAUCAAUCUACAAUCUCUUUCCUCAAGCGAUUUCAAGAAGCAUAACAAAUAACGAUUUAAGGCAGUGCAAAUCAAUGGGUGCCAUAAAUGUAAAAACUCAUCACAUUACCAUAGGAAAAUCGCGAACUCUGGAUUGUAUCUUUAAAUCACUGAGAGAAUCAUCAUACGAAUUAAAUAAAAAAAGUUUACAGGAGAGUCUUCCAUUAUUAACUUGUUCAAGGUUAACUGAUGUACUUGACGAUAGUGUGCAAUAUGCAACAAAUGAUAUGUGAGAGACUGAAUUGUGUAUAAUUAUCUACGCAUUAAAUUCAUUAUUGAAUAUAGAAUAUUAAGCAAAAGUAUAUUAUAACUAUAAUUAUGUGUAAAUAUAACUGUUAUGUAUAUGUAUAUCGAAAUGUAAGAUUAAAAUCUUAGGCUAGAAUUAACACAUUUCAUAUUUUACAUAUUAUUUUUUAUAAAUAAUCACAAUUCUGUCUGUAAUCAUUCCCAUAUACGAAUGUACAUGCCAGAAUAUAUCAUGUGAUACAGAAUA